GGAAGUUACCCAAAUACAGUCAGCCUGAUCAAUUCAACCCUUCAAUAUUAGAUGCUAACCCAUCUGUUCAAGAAUCAACCACUUCGAUCAAAUCUGAACAAUCAAUUAACAAAAAGAGUCACAAAGCACCAUUUCUCCAGAAUGACCAAUUUAUAUCAAAUCAAUGACGAUUCAACAAACUCUGAAUAUAACCUUCAUAUUCAACAGGUGCUUCAAAAGAAUAAAGAGAACUUGGAAUCUUUAUCACACCCUGGGUCAAAACCUGUUUUACCUUUUGAAUCAGGUCCUGUUAAUCCACAAAGCCCAAAUGACACUGUUUUCUUCUUUGACAUUGAUAAUUGUCUUUAUAAAAGAUCAACAAAAAUUCAUGAAUUAAUGCAAGAGUACAUUCAUGAUUAUUUUGUUAGAACCUUGAAUAUCAGUGAUCAAGAAGCUUACGAUUUACAGCAUAAUUAUUAUAGAACUUAUGGGUUGGCUAUUCAAGGUUUAGUCAAAUAUCACAAGAUUGAUGCUCUUGAAUAUAAUAAAAAGGUUGACGAUGCUCUACCACUACAAGACAUCUUGAAACCAGAUCCUGAAUUGAGAAAGUUGUUGAUAAAUUUACGAGAAUCUGGAACUGUUGAUAGAUUAUGGUUAUUCACAAAUGCGUACAAGAAUCACGCCAAAAGAGUUAUUUCCUUACUAGGAAUUGGUGAUCUAUUUGAUGGAUUAACUUAUUGUGAUUAUGGUGAAGAUAGUUUGGUUUGUAAACCAAUGAAGGAAAGUUUUGAUAAGGCAAUGUAUGAAGCCGGUGUUACAAAAUAUGAAAAUUGUUACUUUGUUGAUGACUCAAGCUCCAAUAUUAAGACAGCUGUUGAAUUAGGUUUCAAAAAAGUUGUUUUGUUUUUAGAAAGAGAUGAAGAUCUAAAGAACACCGUUGAAGGAAGUUUGUUAAUUAGGGAUAUUCUAGAAUUACCAAAAGUUCUACCAGAAUUGUUUACCAAAAAAAUAGAACAAUAGAAAGCGCAAAUACAAAUUAAAUAGAUGUUUUUUUUUACCUUGUAUUAUCGUUCUAUUUAUUGAUGUUGCUCACCAGGAUUUAUCUCACCUGCAUCAAAUACUGUAGCUAUCAAUAACAAUAAUGAUUUGAAAGAUGCUUGCUCAGAAUCGUGGAAACUUGUAGAAACCG